AUGCCCAAGACACAGCCCAACCUAUACGCCUUCCCGGGCACCGAUGCCCUCGCACAGGCUCUGCGCGCAUACGUAAUCCAGAGCCAAAACGCCGGUAUUGAGAGGCACGGCGUCUUCAAGGUGGCCGUGUCAGGAGGCUCGCUGCCCAAGACGCUCGCCGCGGCCCUGCUGGCUCCCUCCUCCGGCCCCGAAGACACGGUCGACUUCACCAAGUGGGAAAUCUUCUUCGCCGACGAGCGCGCGGUGCCGCUGGACCACGAGGACUCCAACUACGCCCUGGUCAAGGCCGAGCUGCUCGACAAGCUGCCCGCGGACCAGCAGCCCGCCGCCGUGCACGCAAUCAACGUCGAGCACCUCGGCGACAUCCAGGAGCUCGCCGACCAGUACGAGCAGACGCUCGUCGCCAGCUUCGCCUCGCGGGACUCGGUCCGCUUGCCCAUCUUUGACCUGCUGCUGCUCGGCUGCGGGCCCGACGGCCACACCUGCUCUCUCUUCCCCGGCCACGAGCUGCUCCGCGAGGCGGACGCCUGGGUCGCCCCCAUCGAGGACUCGCCCAAGCCGCCCCCCAAGCGAAUCACCCUGACGCUGCCUGUCGUCACGCACGCCGUCCGCGUCGCCUUCGUCGCCACCGGCGGCGGCAAGAAGGAUAUCAUGAAGCAGAUCUUCGACGCCGACGCGGGGCUGCCCUGCGCUCUCGUCAACGAGGCUGCGGGAGACCGAUGCAGCUGGUUCGUCGACGAGCCCGCCAUCGAGGGCGUCAGCUUCCCCCGGAGGGCGUACCUGUAA